GAUUUACUAAUCGGGUGCUGUGAUUGCGCCAAUUUUAGGUUCGGUUACACUUGAUUAAUUCGAGUACGGUACGCAAGUCCGAUCCAAUUUAAAACAGCACAAAAAAACUAAUUUCAAGUUUGGGAACCACCAUUGGGGAGAGUAGAAACUGGUUUUCAAGAAAUUGGCGAGAAAUUGGUUUCGAACAAGCAACCAACUUCACAUCUGACGCCAUGGACCCCACCUCCAAUUUGUGUUUUUCUCUUGCUUUUUCUUGGUUGAAAUUGGGCUCUCUUUCUUGUUUUUUUUUUUUUUUUUUUUUUUUUUUUUUUUUUUUAUAGUGGGGUCUCAAAAAUUUAAGAACUAGUUUAUUAUUGGGAAAGGAUAGAAAAAAAUGGAUGAAUUUCUAGAACUCACAUGGCACUUUGAAAACUGGAUUUGUAGUUUAUUAAUUGUUAGAGGCACACAAAGUUCUUUGGUCAAAAACCAUCAAAAUCUGUUCAUUAUAUUUCAUAGAAAAUUUAAAUGAGAGAGAGAGAGAGAGCUGACUUUAAUAUUAUGAACUCCUUACAAAGUCAACCUUGUUUAUUUAAAUACUCUACAAAAUUCAUGUAGGAUAUGGUGGGACACUACGCGCGCAUUGUAUGACUAAGAGUUAUUGCGUUGGGCAUUAGAAGGUCAAAAACGUAACUAUAAAAAUAAUAUAUAUAUAUUGUAUGUAACAAAAUUUGGAAAAUUAUAUAAAAAGAAUAGAUUGCGUGUGGAAUUACCCAAAAAUAUAUUUUCUUUUCUAUUUAGUUUUCUACCCAACACAUGCAUGAUCUAGAACCAAGCACAAUUCUUGAGCUUUGAUGAACGAGACUCCACAAACUAGAUCAUCUUUGAAUCAUGAAAUCUCCAAGCAAUAUUUUUACAACUACUUUUAUUCUUCUUGCCAUCAUUUCGUGCUCACGAGCAUCAUCGUCUACAGACAAAUUUCUUGUAUGUCUGACCAAAGAAUUCAACAACUACUCUUCCAUAUCCAACAUCAUUUACACCCCAAUCAACUCUUCUUAUUCAUCUAUCUUGCAAUUCUCCAUCCAAAAUCUGAGGUUCGCAUCAGCUUCAAAACCGCAAGUGAUCAUAACCCCAGAACACGAAUCCCAAAUCCCACCGGUCAUAUAUUGUGCCAAAAAGAAUGACAUACAGAUUAGGACUCGAAGUGGCGGCCAUGACUUCGAGGGACUAUCUUAUCUAUCCCAGGUCCAGUUUGUGAUCAUUGAUUUGAUCAAUCUCAGUGAAAUAACAGUUGAUGUGGCGGAGAAAACUGCUUGGGUUGAAGCAGGUGCGACCAUUGGUUCUUUAUAUUACAGGAUAGCUGAGAAAAGCCUUGUUCUAGGGUUUCCUGCUGGUAAUUGCCCAACUAUUGGUGUUGGUGGACAUUUCAGCGGAGGCGGCGUCGGCCUAAUGACGAGAAAGUAUGGCCUCUCCGCAGAUAAUAUCAUCGAUGCAAAAAUAGUCAACGUUAAUGGUAGAAUCCUCAACAGAAAAUCCAUGGGAGAAGAUCUGUUCUGGGCUAUUAGAGGCGGCGGAGGUGCCAGCUUCGGCGUGAUUCUUGCGUGGAAGGUGCAAUUGGUGGAUGUUCCCAAAACAGUCACUGUUUUCAAAAUUGAUCGGACGUUAGAACAGAAUGCAACUCGACUAGUUCACCUCUGGCAAUACAUUGCUCCAAAACUGAACAAAGAUUUGCUCAUCGGCAUCGUCGUAACAAGGCAAAAUUCCACCAUUAAUGCUUCGUUUUAUUCAUUGUUUCUAGGUGGGAUCGAAAGAUUGCUCUUGAUCAUGAAAAAGAGUUUCCCCGAGUUGGGGUUAGUGAGAGAAGACUGCGCGGAGGUGAGCUGGAUACAGUCCAUGGUGUUUAUAGCAGCUGGUUUUCCCAUUGAAAAUUCUCCACAAGUUCUUCUAAACAGAAAUAAUCCUUACAAAGGAUACUUUAAAGCGAAGUUAGAUUAUGUGCAAGCACCGCUUCCUAAAUAUGGGUUUGAAGGAGUGUGGAGACGUUUGUACGAAUCAGAAGGCGAGCAAGCUCGGCUCGAGAUGGUUCCAUACGGUGGAAGAAUGGCCGAAAUUGGCGAAUCCGCAAUUCCAUUUCCUCACAGGGCUGGAAACUUGUACGAAAUCUUGUAUCUCGUGAACUGGCUAGAGAAUCAAGAUUCUGACACGUAUCUAAGCUGGAUCAGAAGGCUCGAGAGUUACUUGACUCCUUAUGUUUCGAGGAAUCCGAGGGCAGCGUAUCUCAAUGUCAGAGAUCUCGACCUCGGAGUGAAUGAGGUUGGAGGAAAGACCAGCUACGCGCAAGCUAGCAUUUGGGGGAAGAGAUAUUUCAAGAACAAUUUCAAUCGUCUUGUUCGAGUUAAAACCGAGGCUGAUCCGAAUAACUUCUUCAGGAACGAGCAGAGCAUUCCACCAGUGCACUCAGGUUGAGAUUGAAAUGUGUUCGAUGCCGCCACAUCCCACAUAACACCACAUGAUUCACUCGUCUGUGGCUUUCCUUUGUAUUUGAUUGCUUUGCUGCAAAUUUGGUAGUGGAAAAUAUGUUUGCAAUAAUUAAUUCAUGUCAUUCUGUUCUAACAAAGUGACUCCUUCGUGGAAGUAACUAUAAUAUAUUUUAUUACUGUCGAAA